GGCCAAUGAGCUGCGAGUCUGCGGAUGACGUCGGCGACCCCCUCACGUUGGCGCUCUCCCUCUGCCGCCGUCCGCUCGCCGCCGCCGCCGCCGCCCGUUCAGCCGCCCCGACAUGGCGAAGACGUACGAUUACCUCUUCAAACUGCUGCUGAUCGGCGAUAGUGGCGUCGGCAAAACCUGCCUCCUCUUCCGCUUCUCGGAGGACGCCUUCAACACAACCUUCAUCUCCACUAUAGGAAUUGAUUUCAAAAUACGAACAGUAGAACUAGAUGGGAAGAAAAUCAAGCUCCAGAUAUGGGACACAGCAGGUCAAGAAAGAUUCCGUACCAUCACAACCGCAUACUACAGAGGAGCUAUGGGAAUAAUGUUGGUAUAUGACAUAACAAAUGAGAAGUCUUUUGAUAACAUAAAGAACUGGAUAAGAAAUAUUGAAGAGCAUGCAUCUUCAGAUGUGGAAAGGAUGAUUCUGGGCAACAAGUGUGAUAUGAAUGAGAAAAGGCAAGUGUCGAAAGAGCGAGGGGAGAAGUUAGCGAUAGAUUAUGGGAUUAAGUUCCUGGAAACCAGUGCAAAAUCCAGCAUAAAUGUUGAAGAGGCAUUUAUUACACUUGCACGAGAUAUCAUGACGAAGCUCAACCGGAAAAUGAAUGAAAACAGUCCUCCAGGAGGCAGUGGACAAGUCAAAAUCACCGCCAAGAACCAGUCAAAGAAAACCAGUUUCUUCCGGUGUACACUGCUUUGAUGGACCUAAAAUGACAGACUGCAGCAUUCUUAGGGCAACCUUCUUUGCUUCCCUGAAAGCACAGUGUUGAUCAGCCUCUGAAAUUAAUUCCACCUGCUGCUGCUGAGAGCUCGCUGUUUGCAGAUCACCUGUUGGUCUUCCCUGAGUGGGUUGGGCAGAUACACACACAAGUGCCAUCUCAAGCCCACCCCCUCAUUCCACUCCUUCCCCCCACCCCCACCCAGUUGGCUCAUGUUCACCAUUGUGACGGAAAAUGGAAAUGGAAGAAUUGGAGAUACAGGAAUAUGCUGUGUGAACUUGUUUAAUCUGGACUGCCUGCUGUAGAAGCUGUUGUCUGUGAAUGGAACCAUCCAUACAGUAUAUAUGCCAAAAUCACCUUUGAUCCUGGCAAACUCCUUGCAAGUUAAAUUGUGUUUGUGUUCCCAUUCCCAAAUGUUUAACCUUUUCUGACCCCCUUUCCCUUCUACUCGCCUCUCUCAAAGCAAGUACUUCUGGAUCUCAUUUUCCUCUCUCAAUUUGGCAUGACCAGGUUAACAAGAAUAUUAAAAGCAGUGGCCCUGGACAGGUUGAACUUCUCUAAAUGCUCGUUGUUUUUUUUUUGGCUAAAUGCCCUGAAGUAAAAGCUACUUAGAUGACUUCUAUGUCAGUGUUUGUCUAGUGAAACUUUGUGAUUGUAUCAGCCAGCCUAGAGUUGGGGCUAGAGUUAGAUGCUGACUGCUAGUUGCAGGAGUGCUGCACUGGAACUUGUUGCCGUUAUGUCAAGGUGGAGAACAUCAGCCAUGGAUCCUACUGUUUACUGGUGACACAUCACUCUCCCUGUAAUUGAAAGUAGUUUGUGUGAGAAUGUGGAGCAGUUUAGUUGUGAUGCUCUCUGUGGUCAGAAGGGCUUUUUAGGUCACGCACAGGAACAGGGGCCACUUCAAUGUCCCAUGGGCCCCAAGGAAUCUGCGCCUUGAGAGGCAGAGCGAUGAAAGAACUGGUGGAAGUGAGAAUGGAGGCAAACUCUCAGACUAUGUGAUUGGAUUUUAAAAGGUGCAGGUGGAAGGAGAAGGAUCCCCAUCAUUUGGAAAACAGUAGCACGAGCACAAACAUUGUGUGGCCAGGUUGGAGUGUUGACCGAACACAAGCUCUCUUUGGUAUUGCCAGACUCGCUGUCUGUCCUGCUCCCUCUUUGGAACCCCACUUGAGAGCCAGUACCUUCCUAAAUUGCACCGUGUGACCACGAGCACCUUUCCCCUGUGUACUGUUGAGCCCCACCCUCUCACUGAUGUAUGUCCUUUAUUGGCAACCCCUCUGGAUUUGGUGUUGCUCUUAGUCACUUGAUAUCAGACACAAACUUUGCCUCGCUGGCUGUUUUGGUACAUUGUAACAAACUUAAUCAGAUUCAAGUGGCUUCCUCUUGCAGUGCUGAGGUCCGUAUGCCCUGACUGCUUGAGCACUGGAGUGAUGAAUGUUUCUUUCAUACCAUAGCUGCAGCAGAAUCUGUAGCCUACUCUUUAACACCUGUGAACCUGCAGUAGCAUGUUGUUGACAAGGUUUCUACAAUCUCCUUGUCAAAAGACAUCAAUCUUGUGUCUUUGAUUUUAAAGGAAGUUUUAUUAUAAGGAAAACCACUGGGCAUUAUCAGAGACACAUCAAACUUCGCAAGUGUCUUAAGUCUUGACUUUUGACAUGUCACUGACCAUUUACUGGCAAUUGCUAUAAGAAUGUGUACACACAUGCCUGUCUCUCCAUGAACAACCUUCUCCAGCCUGUAAUGACUAUUAUCAAAUAUGCUUCUUGACGCAGCGGUACAGUGGAGUAUAUGCUCUGAUGUAUAAAAAAAAGUUUUUGCUAUUUUCUUAACUGUAGCUAUGCUAAAUUAUAAAUACAUCGCGGAAGCCCGUAGGAAGUUCACUUUCCGCAUGGCAAGAGUGAGGUUUCUAAAAGAAACGAUUUGCAUUGGUAUUAAAUGCUUUCUUAUUGUGAACUUGUUCACAACACUGUAACAGUAAGUCUGCAAAACUGGGGGUUGGCUUGCAGUACGGAUACUAAUUAUCAAAAAAAAACUAUUCCCUGUGGAUUUUGAAUUUUGUUUCAUAAAAUGAUCAAUGUGUAUGGUUUACAAGAAACUUGACUGUGGAAGAGAAAGCAUUCGCAGCAGUAUUACUGUUUCCAGGGCUGCACUUUAUUAUUGUUAAUUCUUAAUAAACUACUUCAGUGUUUAUUUUUAAUCUCGGUCCUGUGGAAUGCAGAGUUUGGCAUAAGUGAGCUUGCAGUAACUGUAAGCACAUGUUCAUUUGUGCCCAUGACUGUAUUAUGUUGCAUAAAACCUGUUCAAUCCUCCUAGACAAAACUUUUUUUAUUACCUUACAAUUUGUCAAGAACACUUACCAGGGACCAUCGAUAAUUUUAUUGCAUUGUAAAUUAAAAUACGUAAUCACACUCCCUCCUUUCUUGCCCUUUCCAAAAAACUACUUUGGAAUUUUUUAAUGUUUUUUUUUAUUAACUCUAAACAUUUGAAAGAAUAUUUGAAAAACCCUGACAAUAUUGUAUGUACCUGCAGCUAAAUGAAUAGGAUGGGUUCCUAUGAUAAGUGUUUUAACAUUUGAAUCCAAUUAAUUCGUGUACUGAUGUUCUGUAAAGUAAACUUGGUGGGUUUUAUUAUUCAGUGUGGACUUUUUUUUAUAAUGAGUCUGAAAUAAAAGUUAAAUGCCAGAAUGA